AUGCCAAAAUCAAAGAGAAACGUAACAAUAUCACUGACAAAAGUAAAGAAGAAAUUAAAUAAAAAAGAAAAGAAAGAUUUAAAACUUACAGAAAUAAAAAAGAAUAUUGAAAUUCCAAACAUUUACAUAUAUGUUUUAGAUAUUAGAACAUAUUCAAACAACAACCUGAAAAAAGUAAUAGAACAUUUCAAGCCCAAUGGAAAAAUUUUCUUUGGGAAAAAUAAAUUAAUGAGGUUAGCUCUUGGUAUCAAUCAAGAAAAUGAAGCAAAACCAAAUAUUCAUAAAAUAUCUGAGUUACUAGUAGGAAAUAGGAUGCUUUUAAUAACUAAAGAUGCACCUUUAAAAGUCAUAAAGUUUUUUAAUGAGUUUCAACCAGAAGAAUACAUAAAACACGGAAAUAUUUCUUCUCAAGAUGUUACACUAAAAUGUGGUGAGGUACUAAAUGUUCCUGUAUCUAUGCAAAAAGAUUUACAAAAAAGAAAAUUAAAUUUUGAUAUAAUUGAUCAGAAAAUUAUUUUAAAAGAAAACAAAAUAUUAGCAGAAAAAAAUAAAAUUAUAAGUAUAGAAAAUGCUAAAAUAUUAAGAAUGUUAAAUAUGAAAAUAGCAAAGUUUGAUAUUACUGUGUUAGGGUAUUGGCACCCAAACAAUUUUGUUUCAUUAAUGUAA